ACGUCGCUGUUCGGUUACUAGCGUGCUUUGGAUCGAUACCAGUUUCCAGAUGAGUUGUGAAGGGGAGCAGGGACUGGAGGCUGUGAUUCAGAAGCUUGGGGAGUCACUGCUUAACCCAGAUAGCAGUACAGAGGAAACGACUGGCACUGUGCGUGAGAAUGAGGAGUCCAACAGCACACCAGUUCCUGCCCGCAUCCGGGAGAUCAUCACUAGAAACCUGGUGGAAACGCCCACAGCCGAGAGCGGUGAGUUGGAGGAGAACCGGCUGCUGAGAGAUCUGCCUUCUCAGAUGUACACAGACAGAGACCAGCUGAUCAGCAGGCAGGCUGCUCUCACCACCAGGCUGGAGCAGAUGCUGUUGCAGCAGUCAGGAGAUUCAGACCAGCAGAGUGUAUCUGGUGCAGAGCAAGGCUGGCUGAGAGAAGAAAGCAGAUCUUAUAGACUGAAGCUGCAAGCCUAUCAGGAGAGCCAACACAGACAGGCCCAGCUGGUGCAGAAACUACAGGCUAAGUUGCUCCAGUAUAAGAAGAGGUGUGGAAGUCUAGAGCAGCAGGUGUUGGAGAAAACCUCUGAGUCUGAGAAACUGAGGCUCUCGCUGCAGUCUCACCUAGAUUCCUCAGCACACCGUCUCCAACGCUUUGAGCAGGAGCACAGCCUAAACGUCCAGAGUAAACUCGCCCUGUUGGAGGACGAACAGAAACGGUGUUCUGGUUUGAGCCAGGUCAAUGCGCUGCUCCGGGAACAACUUGAACAAGCUAACGAAGCCAAUCAGGCCCUGACGGAGAGCCUGCAGAAAGCACGAGAAGAGGCAGAACAGAGGGACACGCGACUGAGGAGGGAACUUGAGAUGAGUACCUCCCGAAAUGGCCGCGAGCAGGCCCGUGUGCGAUCUUUGUGGCGUCAGACUGCCUUUCUCCGAAGUUCGUUUACCCAGCUGCGGGCUUUUGCUGAUAGGAGUCUGUCGGACAUGCGAGCAGAGUGCGCAGUGACUGGUCGGCGUCUUCAUACAGCAUGUGUGAAUUUGGAGGCUAGUAUGAGCCAGCACAGUACCCCCGUAAACAAUGGAGUGUCAGCAAUGGAGAGUCAGCUGAGAGACAAGCUGAGAGAGGCUAUGCAGCUGCAGGCCCGCUUUGAUGCAGAGAAAGUAGAGUUUAGCUCCAGAAUCCUGGAAUUGGGGGAAAUGGUGAAGGACCUCCGAGCACAGAACAGUGUGAAAGAAGUCAAUCUGACAGCAUUGCAGAGCAAAUUGGACAGGAUGGAAAUAAGUUGGUCUGAAGACAGAAUCGAGAGGGAUGCCUUACACAGCGAGAUCAGCAGUUUUCAACAGAUACUCCACAACAUUAAUCAGGUGGUUUGUGGAGAGGGUUGCUUAGAUUUAACAAAAGAUGAGCAGACUCCUUCCUCUGUUUCUGCAGUAUCUAUUUCCUCUUCGAAAAGAGACAGUAUUCUGAUAGCUGUCCAGAGAGUCUUUUUACAUCAACAGGCAAAGAUUCAGGACCUGCAAGCACGUCUGGAGGCUUCCAUGGAACAGGUUGCCACGUUGCGAGAUCAGCUGCAUGUGGGAGAUGGUGAACGACGAAAACUUGGACAGAGAAUCAAGGAACUGGAGCAGGAGAACCAGCUGUUGGAGAGAGCUGAGGAGGAAAGCACCAGAGAUGCCCAAAGAUACUGCACUUCACUAGGUUUAGUCACAAGUGAAAAAGUAGAGCUGGAGAGGCAGCUCUCAGCACUGCAGCAGCAGUUGGAGUGUGUACAAGCAGAGAAGGAAGGCAUGAGAAGUUCCUCUCUGGAUGUUCAGAGAGAGAGAGACCUCCUCAGGCAGCAGAGGGAGGACCUGGAGAGGCAGCUGGCUAGAGAAUGUUCUGAAUCUGACAGGGGACGACACACUCUGGAACAGCUAGAGACAAGACACUCUGAUGUGCGUAAAGAACUGGUCACACUAAAAGAGGGUCUGAGUCAGCUUACUUUACAGAAAGAGGUUCUGGAGGAUGAAAAGAGCAGUCUUGCGCAGGCUCUCUCUAGGGUGGAGGCCCUGAAUGCUGAACAGGAACUGGCACUCACCAAACUGCGAAGCGAGGAUGCAGGGCUACAGGACUCCCUGGCCAAGAUGGGAGCACUGAGUGAGGGAUUGGCAAAAGAUAAGGUCGAACUGAACCGUCUUCUCCUACAGGUCGAGGCUGAGAAGGCAGAGCUUGGUGAACGCAGACGGGAGGCAGAGUUAGAGAGAGCGGCAGCCCGGGAGGAGCUAGCUCGCCUGCAGCAGGAGCUGUUAGACAUGACAGCGGAGAAGCAUGCUCUGGAGGCCUCAUACAUUCAGCUCCAAGAAGCCAGAGUGACCCAAGAUGCAGAGUACAGUCUCCUCCAGAGGGAGAAAAGCACAGCCCUGGAGCAGCACACCCAGGUCAGUAAGCAGAAGAAAGCCCUGCAAGAACACUUGAGCGCAUGUCGCAGGGAAGCGGAGCUGAGUGCUGCCUCACUGCAGAGGACUUGCAAAGAGAGAGACGAACUGGCAAGGGACAAAGCCAAUCUCACUGUGCAACUCACCUCAGAGCAACACAAAUCCAAGGGCCUAGCCCAAGACCUCGCUUCUCUGCGGGCUGAAAGAGAGUCUCUAGAGUCAGGCCUUUUCGAAGGACAGGAACUGGCCUCAUCGCUGGAGGCCAAUCAGGCUAGGCUUGAGGGAGAGAAAGCUAGUCUACAGCAGGCUAACGAGGCUUUGAUGCGUGAGCUGUCUAGCAUUCAGAGUGAACUAGAGCAACAUAUGACCCGGGCUUUGCAGGAAAAACAGGCAUUAGAGUUAAAGCUUGCUCAGACUGAGAGAAACGCACAACAAACCCUCAUUACCUCACAACAAAGCCAUCAGGAACAACUGCAAACUGAAAGAAAGAACAAGGAACGCAUGCGUGCACAGAGGGAGCAGGCAAAGUCGCAACUGCAAGCUGAGUGCGCGGAGCUGCGCAUGCAGAGUCGCAGAGAGUUGCAGCAGCUGCAGGAAGAACUGGCCAAACUGCAGCAACACUGUACAGACAGCCUGCUGCAGGCUGAGAGCCAUAAACAACAGGUCCUUUCUCAGAAGGAGGCAGAGAAAGCAACUCUUACAGAGCGCAUAAUCACCCUGGAGCGUGACAUUGAGACAGCUGCCCUGGAAAAGGAUCGUAUGCGAAGAGACUUCCUGGGUAAACAGGAACAAGACAAGGACACAGUUUUAGGGUUGCAAGCUGAGCUGCAUGGCUUGCGCUGUCGUUUUGAGGAGUCUCUGAGUUCCCGUGAAGUUUCGGAGCGCAGUUUGAAUGACCAGAUCAGAGAGCUGUCAAUGCAGAGGCAGGAGGCUCAGCAAGAGGUGGAGCGGUUGAGGAGGGAGCUGAGUGAGGUGGAGGAGAGCAGGGACUCUGGUCGUAAGGAACUGAUCGAGGCCCAUCAAGAGCUGAGGGAGUGUUUGCAGGUCAGGGAUGCUGAACGGCGUGAGACCUUGGAACUGAAGAGAGCUUUAGGAGAUGCUGUGAGAGAGAAAGAGGCCAUCCAGACUUCCAACCAAGAACUCCGAACAGCUGUGAAGAGGACGGAGUUUGAAAACAACAGUUUAAAGCGAGCGGGAGAGGAAAAGGAACAAAGGCUGUCAGUGUUAGAGGAGUGUAAAUCCUCCCUCCAGCAGGAGGUGCUGAAGCUGAGAACCAACAUGCGUGAGCUAGAGAAAUGUCACCUGCAGGCGCGCAGAGAGCUGCAGGAACUGCGCAGACAGGUAAAGACACUGGAGGGUCAGUGCACUCAGCAAGGGCAGGAGCUGAAUGAGAUGCAGUCCAGACUGACUCACGAAGAGCAGAGAGAAGAGGAAAUGAGAAGGGAGACCUUUACUCUCAGACAAAGAGUACUGGAGAGUGAUGCUGGCAGAGAGGCAGCCCUAAAGGAGGCUGCAGGCUUGCAAAGGCGUGUAGCUGAACUGGAAGAAGCACAGCACCAGGAGAGGGAGUUACAGCAACAACGGGAUGCCAAUAAUCAGGAAAGCCAACUGAAGCAGCGUGAGGAGUCGGCUCGCUUGGAGGGGGCACUGCAGGAAGCCCAGGCCCAGUUCAGGGAGCUAGGUCUGAAAGUCAGUCUAGCAGAGGUCCGAGCCCAAGGGCUGGAAGAACAACUGGGACAGAAUGACGCCAAACGGAGAGAUCUUGAGCACAGGCUGAACAUUCUCAGUUCUACCCUGAGACGUACACUUGGAAGUGGCCGUGGAAGACGUUCACCCACCCCUGGGGAACGUGGACGGAGCCUCUCACCAUGGAGAACUCGCUCACCUGUGAAAGGUGAAAUCAUGUUAGAUGAGACUGGGAUAGGCGGGUUGCCGGUUUGUUCUCUGUCCCCCUCCCGUGGAGAGGAUGGAGAGUUGGAUCUGGACUCAGUUCAGAUGUCACUGCACAACUUCCAGCAAGAACUCAGGGAAACACAGAGAGACCGGGAUGAGGCCCAGGCACAGGUGCAGACUCUCAGCAAACAGGUGGAAAGCCUGCAAGCCAGUCAGGAGAGAAGCAACUCACGUAUACAGAUGCUGAAACAAUCUAUUAGAGAGCUGGAGGAGGGAAAGCGUGAGCUGGCCGAGCACUUAGAGGGGACACAAAAAUCCCUCUCUGUACGGGAUGAAACAGUUCAGCGUGGAGAAAGAGAGAAGAGGAUUAUGAGUGAAGAGUUGGCCAAAUUGAGGAACAGCCUUCAGAUAUCUGAGAAAGAGGCCAAAGAACUGCAGGAGAAGCUGGAGCACUCCCAGGCCUCUGAGGAAGGUCUGGAUGCUGAGCGUCGCCGUAUAAAGGAAAUGUGUGAGGCUGCGGAGGCUCGAGCCACCAGGCUGGAUCUCAUGCGGCGAGGGCUGGAGGGAGAGCUGCAGCGUGCCCAGCUCCGAGCCACAGAGAUGGAGACGGAGGUCAGCUUAUUGCAGGAACGCCUCGCCAACCUCCGCAGAGAGCUGGGAGAUAGUGAAGAGCGUGCUGCCCUUUUGAAGAUUGAGGGUGAGAGGUUGGCGACUGCCCUGGCACACACAGAACUGCAAGAGACCCAGUUAAGGGAGCAACUGCAGGCUAUGACUACAUCCCUGACCGACAGCAAUUCUGCUGCUGGAGCAGCACGGGAUCAGGCCGCACAACUGCAGCGAGCUCUCACAGCCAGUGAGCAUGACCGGAAGAUGCUGCAGGAAAGGCUGGAUAAGACACGGGAGGCACUGACAGACAGUAGGAAGCAAAAUCAUGGCCUGAGUGAGAGACUACAAAGCCUGCAGAGAAGUCAGGAAGAGUCAGAGCUCAGGGUCUUCGAACUGGACAAACAGACACGCGGCCUGCAGAAGGCUGUGAGACAGAGGCAACAGGCUGAGCUGGAGAUGCAAGAUAGCUAUGCGCUCCUGAAGGGAGAGAAAGGCCAGCUUCAGGAGCAGUUAGCUGCCCUGCAAACUACUGUCCAUCAGGUGGAGGUAGAGAAAGCUGAGAUGGAGAGGAUGCUGCUCCGUUUGGGCAAAGACAAGUCCUCUCUAAAACGUACCCUGGAGAAGGUGGAACAGAAUCGCCAGAGGAAGGAGGAGGAAGCAUUGCAUGCUGGACGAGAGGAGAGAGAACAGCAUGAACAAAAAAUUAGAAUUCUAGAGCAAGAGUUGAGCGGAACUCAGGCUGAAAUUCAUGCACUACAGUCCCAGAUCUCUAUCCUGGAGCAAACUCACUCCCAGAGGCUACUGGAAGUGACGGCUCGCCACAGGCAAGAGCUCGACCUAGAGACGGAGCGGAUGAGGGACACCCAGCAGCAGGCAGAGAGAGCUUUGGAGGCUCGGGAGAAAGCCCACCGCCAGAGGGUUCACUGCUUGGAGGAACAGGUGUGCACACUGAAGGAGCAACUGGAACAGGAGAUGAAGAGGAGGCAAGCGUAUAUGAGGCAAAUGCUCAGAUUGGGGCUCUAAAAACCACUUUGGCUUGGGAUUGACCACUGGCAGCUUUGUGUCACCAAACAUCUAAAAGGCCCUAUAACCAACGAAAGACCGCUAGUGCAUACAUAGAUGGACUUACGCAAUGAACACACAGAGAUAUGCUUUUUUCCAAAAAACUAAAAUCACUGGUCUCAGGGAGAAUUGUUGGACUACAUUUGCACAAACACUUUAAGUAAACCUGAUCAACACCAUAAGAACCCAAUAACAACAAACAAAGAGUUUGCUGUUUCUCAAAUUGUUUCUCAAUUGCCAAAUUUUUUAAGGAUUUGUGCAGCAAAUUGUUGAAAAAGGCCAUAAAUCUACCUUAAGUCUUUUUCUGUUCAUCAUUGUGCAUUUAGUACAAUCACAGCUCUAUACUACACACAAGCGCAUGCAUAGACACACUCCCCCACACACUUAAUCACAUCUGUACCUAUUUUAAACAUCACCUCGCAAACUGUUAAUCACCACACAAUUAUUCUGUCUUUACUUUGACAUGUCUAAUACUCUGUUACCUAUAUGAUUGCUUUGAUUAUUAUUUAAUCACACAAAACCAUUUUGAGCAUAAAGGACAUAUUAUUUUAGUAAAUUAGCUUAACUAAAUCAGGACCGAAAAUGAUCAGAUAUUUUCUUAUAUAUAAUCAGUAAUAUCAGUAGUAUCUGUUAUGUGUGUUAAUAUGAUUCUUAAUCAUUAAUCUGAAUAACUGAAUAUCAUUCCAUAUAAUAACUGAUUUGUUUAAACAUGUAAUUUUUACGAGUCAAUAAAACAUACAAGAGAUUUAA